ACACGGCAGCAACAACCACAAAGUAACGGUCAUAACGUAACGUCUUUUUUUUAAGAUAAGACGACCUAAUGAAAAUAUUAAAUAAAAAUAUCAUUAAAUGCACAGAUUUCUUCCCUUGUGGAGCGUACCUAGACUCUUUCCUUUGAGGACCAAAUAGUUUAUAGGUGGCACCAUUGAGACACAGUUGACACAACUUCUGGGGCUUAACUAGUUUCGAGUUUCGUCUUCUCAAACCUGCUGAAAGUUUGCUCAUCAUCCUAGAGCCACCCUCGAAGAGGUAAUGUGAUUCAUCAAUUCGUUCCAUUUCACAAGUUCCGGGCUUUUUUCUUCGCCGAAUCGGUUUCCUCACUGGUUAAAUGUUAUAUCUCGUUUCUAUACAUAUAACUGGUUGGACCCUGUUUCUUGUUCCUCUGAUUUGGGUGCAGUUAUAAUAUGGUCAGGAAGAAGAUGGUUCCGAAGCCAAAGGUUGAUCGAAUUAGUAAGCUUCCUGUCCAUCUUAUACAGCUUAUUCUCACGUCAUUGCCCAUAAAAGAAGCUGGGAGAACAAGUGUACUGUCGAGAGAAUGGAGGCACCAUUGGAAAAGUAUCACCCACCUUGUGUUUGAUAAAGAUUUUGAUUCACCAGUUUAUAGUGAUUCUGAUGAUGAAGAAAUUAGUGCUAAUAAGCUAAUGUCCAGCAUCCAGAAAACUCUGCAGGUUCAUGAUGGGCCUAUAACAGAGUUUGUGCUUUCGAAUUAUCGGUUAACAACUACUGUCGAGAUCGACCCCUUGAUUUCACACCUUAUCGAGAAAGGGGUCUCGCGCCUUUCCCUUCUGUACUGUUGUCGCGAUGACAGUCUACAGUAUGAAGACGAGAUCGACCCUUCCCUUUUUCGUGCUGUUCAAGUGGACAGGCUCAAACUGCAGGGAUGUGAACUUGUCGAACCAUCUUGGUUUACGGGAUUUACCAGGCUGACCUCUCUUCACUUGGACAUCGUUGGUCUGCCCGAAGAUUUCUUCGAUAGUUUCCUUCUGAACUGUCCCCUGCUUGAGGAUUUGAGGGUUUUCUACUUUCGGGGUCUUAAUACAGUUGAAGUUGAGGCUCCACCGCGCCUCAAAGUGUGUGUCCUGAGGGCGGAUCUCGGUUUAGUUGAUAUUAGCUUCAGCUAUGCUCCACUUCUGUCUGUUGUCUCAAUUCAUGCGGAAGAGUGCGGGGACGAACCUGAAACAGAUAUGGUCUCUUUGUUUGCUUCUCUCCCGGCACUCCAAAGGUUUUACAUUAGCUUUGAGUGCCUUGAAUUACUUGCUGCAGGUUCUGUUCCCGACAGGCUUCCUGUUGCGCUUCACUGCUUAGAAGUUCUUGACAUUCGCAAAUGUGACGAUGAAGACAGUUCGCUUGAGCUGGAGGCUGUCCUUUGUCUCAUCAGAAGUUCCCCCAACUUGAAUAAACUUACAAUUAAGAUGGAAUUUGAUGGAGACUUGCGUUUUACGGGGGAUUUGAAGCUGUCGGAACGCGAACCAGAGGCACAUCCUGAAGAUGAAGAUAGCUUCUGUCAGCGUCUUGAAGAAGUCGACAUUCGGCUUAGUGGAUUCUCCCAGGUUGAGCUGGACCUGUUGAGGUUCGUGUUGGCCAACGCCCCGCUGCUGAGAAGGAUUGUCAUUCAGCCUAAGAGCAGAUUGAGGUGGGAAAAAUGCCUCAAGUUCCUGGGAGAGAUUAAAGAGUAUAAUUGUGCUUCAAAAAAUGUAGAGAUCAUAUAUGUGAACAAGUCUGAAGUGAUGUUCUUCAGUAUGAGACUGGCAAAUGUUUAACUAAUAUUAUUAAGGUCCUUGGAUCACGGGGGAGCCAUGCUUAGUU